AGUGUCAAAAGUGCUGAAAAUGAACAAGGUAUAAAUUAUAGGUUAUAUUUUCAUCUGGAAAUAAGAAAGUUAAUAUUUUAACAAUUGAUUGUUUAUCAUUAUUAUUAAUAUCCAUUAAAAGGUACAAUGAAAUUUGAACACUGUUAUAAUGCAAGCAAUUCAAACCAAGUACCGACAGUUGUCGAUUGGGGAAAAAAUAAUUUAAUCUGUUAUGGUUCAUGCAAUACUGUUAUGAUUUACAAUCCAAAUUAUGGAAGUGGUGGUAAAGUAACAAACAUUUUAAUGAAACAUACAAAACGAGUGAAUUCUGUCAAAUGGUUAUGUGGAAAACAAAUAAGUUAUGAAACAGAACUUAUAUCUGGUUCAACUGAUACUACAGUUUGUGUAUGGAAACUCGUAGAAAAUUAUUAUGAGCCAGAGGUUUUGGAAGGCCAUAGUUCUAAUGUAAAUAUUGUAGAUGGAUUGCAAAGAAUAGAUAAAAGUACUCUUAUAGUUAGUAUUUCAAUGGAUCAUACUGCUAAAAUUUGGUACAGGCAACAUCUUUCAGAUACAUUUGUUUUAAAUCAAACCCUCAAUUUUGGUUAUCAUUUGGUAGUAAGCGUAAAAUUAACUUUAUUUCCCAAUAGCAAUGAACCAUUGUUGUUAUGUGCAUUAGAUGAUUCCAGAGUACAUGUUUUCACAGAAACUCAAUCUGAAAGUUUACAAUUUGAUGCUGCUACAAUAUUGGAAGGUCAUGAAGAUUGGGUACGAGGAUUGGACUUUACUGAAGUUGGUGAUGAUCUUCUUCUGGCAACCUGUUCUCAAGAUGCGUUCAUUCGACUGUGGCACUUUACUCCUAAAAGUCUAGGAGAAACAAUUGUAAAAAAAGCUAAAUUAAAAACAGCCUCUGAUAUUUUCAACAUAUAUCUUGAAUCUGUGAUAUCUGGUCAUGAAAGUUGGAUCUAUUCAGUAAAAUGGAGUCUAAAUGGUAAACAGCUCUUGUCUGCUUCUAUUGAUAAAAGUAUGAUAAUAUGGGAAUUUGAUGAUACAUCUGAAUUGUGGCUGGAAAAGUUGAGAGUAGGAGAGAUAGGAGGCAACACUCUAGGCUUUUAUGGAGGUCUUUUUGGACCAAAAGGUGACAUGAUCUUGGGCUACAGUUACCACGGCGCCUUUCACAUGUGGAAAUAUUGUGAGAAACUGUCACAGUGGGUUCCAAGUGUAAAAAUAGGGGGACAUUUUGAUGAGGUAGUGGAUUGUUCUUGGGAACCAAAAGGUCAGUUUUUAUUUACUACAAGUGCUGAUCAAACAACUCGAAUACAUGCUCCUUGGAAACAGAAUAAUAAAGAAGUAACUUGGCAUGAAUUUGCAAGACCUCAAGUUCAUGGCUAUGACAUCAAUUCAAUGGCAGUCAUUUCUAGUUAUUUAUUUGCUUCUGGGGCAGAAGAAAAAGUGAUAAGAAUUUUUAAGGCACCUGUUAAUUUCAUUGAAAAUAUGAAACGGAUUUGUAACAUUAGCGAAGAUGAAGAAGGAGAUUAUAUCCUUAGUGCUGAACAAACUAGACCUAAAGGAGCAUCUGUACCAUCUUUGGGACUUUCAAAUAAAGCUGUUUAUUCAGAUGAUAAUUUUGAAUCAACAAUUUCGUUAGACAAAAAAAAUCCGUAUCCAGAAGAAUCUCAGUUUAUUUCUGCAGAGCUUACAGAACCACCGACUGAAGAAACUUUGUUACAAAACACUCUGUGGCCUGAAACACAAAAACUUUAUGGUCAUGGUUAUGAAGUUUAUUGUUUAGCCGCUUCCCCCGAUGGAAAAUAUCUUGCUUCAGCUUGCAAAUCUACAAAGCCUGAGCAUUCUGCAGUUUUAUUGUGGGAUUCUUCUAAUUGGAAACUUAUUCAGAAACUCAUGUCUCACACACUAACAGUGGUCCAACUACAAUUUUCGCCAGAUAGCAAUCAUCUUCUUUCAGUUUCCAGAGAUAGACGUUGGUCACUUUUUAGUAAAAUCUUGGAUGGAAAAUUUGAAUUACAAGCUACCAUUGAUAAAACUACUACCGUACAUUCUAGAAUAAUUUGGACUUGCUGUUGGUCCCAUGAUUCUAAAUAUUUUGCUACAGGUUCUCGAGAUGGUAAAAUAGCUGUUUGGUGUCUUGGAAAAGAUGACGAACUGUCUGGUAUUCUUGGAAGAUAUAAACUAGCAUCUGAACCUUUUUCCAUGAAAAACGAAUCAGUAACAGCAUUGGCGUUUGCCCCUGAUUGGAUAGGUGGAAAUUAUUUGUUAGCUGUAGGUCUGGAAAAUGGAUGUCUGGAAUUAUUCAAAUGGUGUCCUCAGAAAUGGGAAAAACUGUCUAUGUUUCUGAGCAGACCUUUGCAUAACCUCACUAUAAAAAAGUUAAGUUUUCGACCCGUAUUUGGAGAAGCGGGCAAAAAUGAUGAUAAAGAUGUUCUACAAUUGGCAACCUGUAGUUUAGAUUGUUCAGUAAACAUUUUAAAUAUAUUUAUAAAUAAAUAAACUGACUCAUU